AUCAUCCUUAACUCAUAAUUUAAAAAAGAACGCAGUUUAGAGAUAUUCAGAUCACAUACGUAUUUCCGAUAGAAAACUCGAACAAAGAGACAACAAGCCUUCCAAAGAAUCUUAACAAUUCGUAAUUAUUAUUCUCACAGCAUGCGUUAUAGUUGAAAAAAAACGUAAUAAUAGAAUGAUGCGUUAAAAAAAAACCUUGCGGAAGUGUACUUGUCAUUUUAUUAUACAAUGCCAUCCACGACGGAAAACCCAAUUCUGGCAUCAUCAUUACAUCCGGGUCUUCAUUCAAUCGCCAAGACGAUAAAUAAGAGUUAUUCCUGAGGAAGUUGGAAGAGACGCGAAUAAGCCGCUCCGUGAUAUAAAAGCCUAGAGAUCGCGAUCGCGAUCGAGUGUCUGGAGGAAAAUUCACUUGACGGCGAAUUUUCGUGAGACGGUGAAUUUUUCCUCUGAGAUAUAAGGAGGAAAUUUUUCGAAGGAAUGGCGGGAGAGCCGAAGAGCCCUCCGGUGAGGGAGCUGCGGAUCGUUGUAAUGUCAAUCGUGCUUUGCCUCGCUGUACAAAUCGCAGUCGCCGACGCGCACGGCCAGCGCAAGCAUCUGUCUCGUCGACGUGAGUGUAAAAGUCGAGUGUAACACACAGGGUAUUGCGAAUGAGCAAGCUCGAAGAGAAAAUAUAUAUGAUAUUUUUAACGCGAAAAUUACAUAUUAAUUAAAAAAAUAGCUGUAAUGUCGUAGAAUAAACGUGAUUAAAGAUAGGGAGUUUAAAAUACUAAAGAUUAUUUAAGCAAUAUAAAAUUAUUAUAAAGCUUACGAUAUUAAGAUACGCGAAUCAAAAAGGAACGCGCAGUUGUGGACAGUAUUUCUUUGAGAAAUUAAUUAAAUUAUGUUUUAAUGCACAAUGAAUAUUAAUAAUACAGUAGUCGCGAGUGUAUAAACCGCGAGUGAUGUUGAAUAUUGAAAGAUAUUUUCAGUGAAAAUUUUGCAGAUUAAAAUUAAAACGAUUGAUUCAUCUAAGAUCGACUAAACGAUAAGUUGCUUUUUUCACCGAUGUCUCGCCUCGAGCAGGCGAAGUGAUCGACACAGGCGGUUACACAGGCGGAGGAUGAUAAUGCGGGAUACGCCUCGAUGAUAUCCGUUCGAGGGUGUAGCUUAGUGUGUACGUGUUUCUGCCUAUGUUGCGAUUGCGCAACCUCGAGGAAACAAUGAGAGCAUCGUCGUAAAGCUAAACGGGGCCCCGGCUGUGUCGAUCGUGACGUGGCGGCCUUCGAGCGAUACGAUCGGAUCGUCCCGUGACGGGGACCGAAAAUGACAACAAGUCGAUCGGCGGUUUUGGUGAUGAAACGUUCCGGACGCGGCGUUUGCCCGUCGUCAUCGCGAGGAUGACGAAGACGUGGACGGUAAGCGGCUUCACGGGGCUCCUCGUCCUCGUACCCGUUACCGUCUGCGCGACGAUCACCUACGUCAACAGCAACGAGGACCCGUCGCGAUGCAACGAUCGCAGUAAUAGUAAUCGCAGUAGCAAUAAAACUUUCUCACUCUGUAAAUACGAUGACGAUUGUAUCGCGAAUGCGUUUUGCAAAAACCAACAAACCUGCUUGUGCAAAGAAAAUCACAUCGAAUUCAGGACUAACAACAACUACAGAUGUCUAAGAGUGGCUACUCGCAUCGGCGAUCCCUGCGAGGAGGACAUCCAAUGUGAGUUUACAUUUACACCGCAGUCGGAAUGUCGAGAAGGCACUUGUCAAUGCGCCCAUGAUUCUCACUUCACGGAUGGAAGGUGUUACGAGUCCGUCGGUCUGGGCAAACGUUGUCGCUCGAAUCGCAAUUGCUACAUCAGAAAUACCUUUUGCGAAUACGGUUUCUGCACUUGCGGUUUGCGUCAUCACGCGAAUCCUGACAACACCGGCUGUCUACCGAGCGCUAAAUUGAACGAAUACUGCAACAGCGAUGACGAAUGCAUUGUGGAGAAUUCGAGAUGCAUGCACAGCAGAUGCGACUGUAAAGUGGACUAUGUGCUGGCCGAGGGCGGCCAACGGUGUCUGAAGGCUGCUUCCUGGAUCGGCGAGGAGUGCGAGCAGCAGUCCCAGUGCCAGAUGAUCCUGAAGCAUAGCCAAUGCGGCGCAAAUGGGACGUGCGAUUGCGUCGCAGGCUCUCACAGACGCGGUCGUCGAUGUUACGUCAAUGUUGAACUGGGCGGCCGUUGCGAGACUCAUCAUCAUUGUAUCACCGGAAGUUUGAGGGACUCUAAUUCGACGUGGAAAUCGAAAGUGGACUGUGUUGAUGGCUUCUGCACUUGUACCGAUGGUUAUACGUUAAUGGAGGAGCUGCAGGACUGCGUUCAAUUCAGCGAUAACGGUGCAACAGGAUGGCAAGCGUACGGAAUACUUCCCGUCGUCUUUAUCACGAAAUUUCUUGUGUGCUAAAAAUAUGAUGGAUAACAAUCUGUGUUCAGCAGUGCUUUUCAUAAAUCUAAAAAUUUGUUGAUUUAUUAGCUUAGAGUAUUUAAAUAUAUAGUAUCGUAGAGCUUUAAUAAUUUAUCUAUAGUUUAAAUAUGUGUCUAUCGUUGUAUUUAUUUAAAUUGCGCUUGAAUAAUGUAAAUUUGCUAUAUUUUAUUAGUUCAACCAUAAGCAGCCAAAGAGACUCAGCACGUUUUCUCAAGUUGAGAAAGCAGCAAAUCUAAUAGAUCAUUAUAACACACUGUUCUUUCUCUCCGACGUAUUAACUGGAUAAUACUACAGUCAUUGACUAGGUUACACAGAUUGAGCAGAACGUCAUUUCUACACAUGUAUCAAAUGUAUAAUAAUUAUACGUAAUUGUUCUGUCCCCAUAGAAAAUAAAAUAUUCUACUUCAAAAGUAGAUAAAUUCUAU